AACGGGCGAGACUACCGCGGGAACAUGACCUUCACGUCUCAAGGUUAUCCGUGUCAGAAAUGGACUUCGAAUUACCCAAACAAUAUCACAAUUGAUCUUACCAAUGAACUCGACGGACUAGGUGAGCACAACUUCUGCAGGAAUCCUGGCGGAGAAAGGGAAAGACCUUGGUGUUAUUCCCUUAUGACGGAGACGGAAUGGGGUUAUUGUGAUCUUCCGCUGUGUUCCGAA